AUGCACAUUGCUGCUGUGCAGCUCCGCAAUUUGCGGCUCAGGUCCAGCUAUGCUGAGAUCUCGAAAAUAUUGCGUGGUCGGACUGCGUCUUGGGCUGGACAAUGCUACAGACCCGUUCAGGCACCUCGGCAGUUCCAUGCUAGGGCUUGUUUAAGACAGGAGGAUACUACGAAACAGCUUCCUGCCUUUUUGGAGGCUUACAAGCGGGCUGUUGACUUCCCUCCCGCUACACACGACUUUGAAACCUUCUUCGCAAAAGCCGAACCGAACACAGAAGUAGUCCUCCACGGCUAUCUCGGAAACCGCUCAGACUUGUCCAAGAAACUCUCCUUCGUGCGACUCUCCGAUCCAACUCUCCAACACAGCCUGCAGGUCAUCGCAUUCGCCAAGAACGAUGCCUUCGAGCAGCUCAAGACCGUGAACGUGAACAGCCCCGUCGCUGUGCGCGGUAUCGUCCAGAAAAAGAAAGUCAAGCCAUCAGAGGCGGCUGAUACACCAGUCUCGGAGCUAUGGGAGCUUGCCCUCGAAGAAAUCCACCCACUCAACGACUUCCCCAAGGAUAUUAUCAUGACCCCGGAAACUGUUUUCCCGCCUGAGCAACGAUAUCUACAACUGCGCUCGGAUGCGGAGUUGCGCGAGGCCCUGAGGUUCCGUGCGCAGGCGCAUAAUGUCUGCAAAAAGGAGUUGGAGGAACAGUGCAAGCCGCCGUUUGUCGAGAUUGAGACUCCGCUGCUGUUCAAGUCUACGCCGGAGGGUGCUCGGGAGUUCAUUGUGCCUACGCGGAGAGAGGGGCUGGCGUAUGCUUUGCCGCAGAGCCCGCAGCAGUAUAAGCAGAUUCUUAUGGCUAGCGGGUUGCCGCGGUAUUAUCAGUUUGCGCGCUGCUUCCGGGAUGAGGAUUUGCGGGCGGAUAGACAGCCUGAAUUCACCCAGCUUGAUUUGGAGAUGUCUUUCGCAACAGGCGACGAUGUCAUGCGCACCGUGGAAGGAGUCAUCCGCCGACUCUGGUCAUCAUUAAUGAAAGACCCAGCCCCAGAGGGCCCAUUCCGCAAGGUCCCUUACCAAGAGGUCAUGGCCAAAUACGGCUCCGACAAGCCAGACACCAGAUACGGAAUGGAAAUCAUCCGACUCGACCACGUUCUACCAGUCGAUCUAAUCAGCAAAAUCUCCGACCUGAACGAUCCAAUCGUGGAAGCCUUCAAGCUAGAAGGAAACGACAACAAUCCCUCCGAAACCCACAAAUUCAUCACCCAAUUCCUCGACUCCCCCGCCGGCAUCCCAUUUAACACGAACCCCCACGGCGGCCCCGGCGUCUUCAUCUACAACGGCAAACAACCCCUUUGCGGUCUUCAGCCCUUCGGCUUCGAAGCCGCCGAACAAGUAGAAGACCUCCUAGACCCAGACCACGGCGACCUAAUCAUCCUCCAAGCCCGUCCUCGAGCCCCAUUCUCCGGCGGCUCAACACCCAUCGGCGAUCUCCGCCGCGCCAUACACGCCCACGCCGUCGAAACAGCCUUCAAGCCCGCCCCGACAGGCUUCGACUUCCUCUGGGUCAUCGAUUUCCCCCUCUUCUCUCCAUCCGUGGACUCGGAGCCCGGCCAGGGCGGUGCAGCAGGCUUCUCUUCAACCCAUCACCCCUUCACGGCACCCAAGACCCCCGCCGACGUCGACAUGCUCCUCACGGAUCCCACCAAGGCAGUAGCUGACCACUACGAUCUAGUGGUUAACGGCGUCGAGCUGGGCGGCGGAAGUCGUCGUAUCCAUGAUGCUGCUGUGCAGGAAUUCAUUUUCCGGGAUAUAUUGCAGAUGCCUGCGGAGCGAUUGGCGGAUUUCUCGCAUUUGCUUGAUGCGCUUCGCGCGGGCUGUCCGCCGCAUGCGGGGCUUGCGUUGGGCUUUGAUAGACUUGUGGCCGUUAUGCUUGGGAAGGAGUCGGUGAGGGAUGUUAUUGCUUUCCCGAAGACCGGGAAGGGGGGUGAUGAUGCUAUGGUUGGAGCUCCCAGUCCGAUGACUGAGGAGGCGUUGGAGACUUAUCAUCUUAAGUUGAGGGGGUAG